GGAGAGGAAACAAAAACAAUCGCCUGGGCACCGCCAUCUUGGGUCUGUUCUCCGCACCACGCAAGUGAAUGGGUAGCUAUGAAAUUACCACAGGGGCGCAGCAAGGUAGGGAGGGCCAUUCAGCGCUGCCAGCUGGGUCUGGGGGACGAUAAAACCGGUUCUUUCCCCCUUCUCUUCUUGCCGUUCUUCUUCCGUCGACGGUCUGAGGAAAAAUCUCGACUCGGCCCUCCCAUCUCCUCCUCGGCAGCUGUUCAACUUCAUUAUCGCGGACACAAAGUUGGGCUCAGCAGCGUUUCCGCCGUCGGCCAAAAGACCCGAGGGUUGGACGCAGGACCAGCAGGUUCUUCGCACCCGGGGAAGAAAAGCUAGGAGAAGGUGAGGGGGGAGGACAGAGAGGUUUCUCGUCCGCCUUCCUGCGCCUCUCUGUCUCUUUCUGCACAGAUCUCGCUCGGUGUACGUUGUGUGGGAGGCACAAGGGGAAGAGAAGAAGGCGAGCGAGGAUUGACCAGGCUCCGUGCCCUCGCCCGCCCCACUCUCGUCUACUCGCUGCGGUUCGGAAGGAAGGGAGAAAGGGAGGAGGAGGAGGAGGAGAAGAAAAAGGAAGGAGGGAGGGAGGAAGAGAGAGAGAGAGAAACAAAAGCCAAGUCGCAUACGGAGGGUCUUGCCUCUACAACGACCGAAGAGGACUCUGUGGGAAAUGGUGAUCCCAUGAAGAGUUGGAGGGAAGGAAGAGGGAAAAAGAAGAGGAGGUAGCCGUCUACACAUUUAUCAAGCUUGGGAGAGCAUAUUACAAAUCGAGGAGAAAAGAUCGUGCAUACUUACCCACCAGCCUAGCCACUCAAAGAAGACCGAUUUGCCCACAUGUGAUCACCAUGGUUAUAAAGCAUCGCUUCAUCCAUUUUUGAGACCUCUUACACCACCACUUCGGGAAAGAUUUCUCCCGAGCCUCUUCAGUCGUUAUUUUAACUAGUGUAUUUAGAUCAGUCAAAAACUAAUCUCUGUCGCUCUCCCUGCCCCCCCCCCCGUAGGUGGAAGCAGUAUUGCCACGGUAUCCCCUCCAUCACUUUUGUGUGGUUUUAAAUACCAAAUAUAAGGAUAUUUUAAUUAAGUAUAGGCUAAGGGAGGGGAUCAUAUAGGUUGGGGGGAUUCUCUUCAUUCAGAGUUUGAUUUUUUUUCUUUAAGGCAAAACGACUGUCUGAAAUAUACAAUCUACUGGACAAAGAGAAAAGACUGAAAGUAAAAAGUGGAAAUGAGCAUUCACUAGAUAAGGAAAGAUCAGAUUGAUUGCAUUUGUGGUUCUGUGGAGGGCAGAUAAACUCUGGUUUCUGGCCUUUCCUUGUUGUUUGGUCUCAGCAUUAUUACUGGGAAACUCCAGUGUUUCACAAAUUUCUUUAAAAGUUUUUUAAAAAAAUAAUGGAUUAACUUACUAUUGCCCAUUCCGUUGAAAACAGGUUUGUGCUGACACUUGAAACUAAGAUGGAACUAUCUCUCACCCAGACACUACAUACCGGAAAAGAGGCGUGAAGACGAAAGUAUUGUUUACUAAUAUCUGUGUGUGUCUUGCCUGAUUCCAGUACUUUUGGGGGAUAUCUUACAGGUUUCAUAGUGAAGAGAGCAAUGUUCCAAGGCAAUUUGUUUAGCAGUCAACUCCUUUACUGUUGACUUUUUAAACUGGGUGCUUAAUAGAUUCUUCUGAAUUGAAUUUUGCUACUGUUUGAACAGAAGCUAAACGCCUGUAUGUUCCCAAAUGUAUACAUCCCUUUGGUGGAGAGUCUGCUGAGGAAGACCUCGAUAGGCUGACAGUAUAGAAAUCUGAUUUUAAUCUUAUGGACACUACUUUUCAAAUAUGUUACCAUAGAAAAAAAUUAGUAAAGUGAAAAGGGAUUUUCAUAUUUGGAGGACCUAGGAAACUGGAUAUAUAGAAUAUCUUCAUAUAAGUUCCAACUGUUUGGAAAAUGGGAGCUGCUACAAAGUUGGUGUUUGCUGUUUUUCUUAUCUCUUGUUCUUCAGGUGCCAUACUAGGCAGAUCAGAGACACAGGAGUGCAUCUUCUACAAUGCAAAUUGGGAAAAUGAUAAAACAAAUCGCAGUGGCAUUGAAUCGUGUUAUGGUGAUAAAGAUAAAAGAAGGCACUGCUUUGCAACAUGGAAGAAUAUUUCUGGAUCUAUUGAAAUUGUGAAAAAGGGUUGCUGGCUGGACGAUAUUAACUGUUAUGACAGAACUGACUGUAUAGAAAAGAAAGACAGUCCUGAUGUUUUUUUCUGCUGCUGUGAAGGCAACAUGUGCAAUGAACAUUUUUUCUACUUCCCAGAGAUGGAGGUCACACAACCUACUUCCAAUCCUGUCACUUCUAAGCCACCCCUUUUCAGUACCUUGCUUUAUUCUCUUGUGCCUAUAAUGGGAAUUGCAGUGAUCAUACUGUUUUCAUUUUGGAUGUACCGACACCACAAAUUAGCAUAUCCUCCAGUACUUGUACCAACCCAGGAUCCUGGACCACCACCUCCAUCACCACUGAUGGGCCUAAAGCCACUGCAGUUACUAGAGAUCAAAGCAAGGGGAAGAUUUGGCUGUGUCUGGAAAGCUCGGUUGUUAAAUGAGUAUGUAGCUGUGAAAAUAUUCCCAAUCCAGGAUAAACAGUCAUGGCAAAAUGAAUACGAAAUAUACAGUUUGCCUGGAAUGAAACAUGAAAAUAUACUACAGUUUAUUGGUGCUGAGAAACGAGGCACCAACAUUGAUGUCGAUUUGUGGCUAAUAACAGCAUUUCAUGAAAAGGGUUCGCUUACUGACUUCCUGAAGGCUAAUGUAGUCUCAUGGAAUGAGCUAUGUCACAUUGCUGAAACUAUGGCGAGAGGUUUGGCAUAUCUUCAUGAAGACAUCCCUGGUCUAAAAGAUGGACACAAACCAGCUAUAUCCCACAGGGACAUCAAAAGCAAGAAUGUGUUGUUGAAAAAUAAUCUUACAGCUUGUAUUGCUGACUUUGGCCUUGCUUUAAAAUUUGAGGCUGGGAAGUCAGCAGGUGACACACAUGGCCAGGUUGGAACCCGAAGAUACAUGGCUCCAGAAGUGUUGGAAGGUGCUAUAAACUUCCAGAGAGAUGCAUUUUUGAGAAUAGACAUGUAUGCCAUGGGACUAGUCCUGUGGGAACUAGCAUCACGAUGUACUGCAUCAGAUGGACCUGUAGAUGAGUAUAUGCUGCCUUUUGAGGAAGAGGUGGGCCAGCAUCCCUCUCUUGAAGAUAUGCAGGAAGUUGUAGUACAUAAAAAGAAGAGGCCUGUUUUGCGAGAGUGUUGGCAGAAGCAUGCGGGAAUGGCAAUGCUCUGUGAAACAAUAGAAGAGUGUUGGGAUCAUGAUGCAGAAGCUCGGUUAUCAGCAGGUUGUGUAGAGGAACGGAUUAUUCAGAUGCAAAGACUAACAAACAUUAUAACAACAGAGGACAUUGUGACUGUGGUCACUAUGGUGACAAAUGUAGACUUUCCUCCCAAAGAAUCCAGUCUAUGAUAGUUACACUGGUCACACAUCUUGACCAAUAAGACUCUGAUCUGGAGCUGCUAAGCUAAUGGGCCUGUUUCUGGUCAACAGUUUCUGCGUGAAAUGUGGAAUGGUAAGACUGUCUUCGGAGCAUCAGUAGGAAGACUUCUCCUUGCCCUACUCCAGACAUGGAUCCAGGAGACUUCCUGCAUUCCUUGCUUACGCCUGAAGGAAGUGGGAUUGAGAAAAUGGCAAAAUAAUGUUUCAGAAACUUAUUUGAAGAACAUGGACCUAUACUGGCUAGUCAAACAUUUUAAAAGCUGACAUUGUAUUUCUUAAUAUGUCAGAAAAAGACUAAUUCCUUAAAAUGAACUACUGCUAUUUUUUUUAAAUCAAACAUUUCAUUUCAGAUUUAAGAAAAAGGGUAACUUGUUUUUAUUGCAUUUGUUGUUGUGUUUAUAUAAAUGACUAUUGUAAUGCCAAUAUGACACAGCUUGUGAAUGUUUAGUGUGCUGCUGUUCUAUGUAAUCAAAGUGGGAUCUAGCAAAAAGGCUUCCAAGCAUUACUUAACCUCCCUCAACAAGGUAUACCUCAGUUCCACCUAUGCUAAAUUGACGACACUAACAAAACUGAAAUAAUCAAUUGGUCUGAAUUUUGUAAAAGAUGUAUUACAGAUUCAGUGUUUUUUUUAAGUAAAAAGAUGGUAAGCUGUGCAUGCCAACGGUCAAUGGCCAUUCCUAAAACUGGUGUUAGCCUUUCCGUGUUCUAGCUUGUGUAGAAAAAAAAGUAUUGUUUGAAAUGGCAAACUUCCCCAAAUUUUAGUUUAAAGCUUUAUUUUACCUCCAGUUCCCAAAAUAUUGCAUACAUUUAUUUUACUAAAUAUUAUUUAGGUUUGCUGUGUCUGACGAUAUUUUGACAAUUUAAGCAUGUCUCUUUUAAAAUUUUAAUUUUAUGUGAGCUAUGGCACUGGAAAGCUCUUAAUUUUAAUUCAAGGAAUAUUUUUUCAAUUUAUGUAUGUUAAUGUUCUGCCUAGUGUAUUUUCUGUUUCAUUAAACAGGAUACAGUUUCCACUGUAUCACUGUUUCAGGAUCACCUCAGGAAGCUUCAUUACCCAGAACUCCUCACUCUUCAUGUGUUGCCUCUUGCAGCUUCACAUCACUUGAUUUUUGGUGCCGACUUGUCAGAGUAAUAUUUGUUUGUGAUGCAUAGGUUUACCCUAUGGUCACACAAAAAAACCUAAAAAUAAAUCACACAUUUUCUCUCAAAAUAUGCUUGCCAUCAAAUAUGCAAUUAUUUCUGUAGAGAUUAUAAUGUAGCACAGUCUAGCAAAAAACAAACCCUACAACUUUAAAAUACUGUAUUCAAGAGUUAUAGGCACUUAAGAUGUCAAGCCUUACCUUGAAAACUCUAGCAAAUGGGCAGUAAGUAGACAGGUGCCAAAGUACUUCUCAAAAGUAAUAAUACAUUAGAAUUAUUGAUCAACUACAUCUAUACAGGCCAAAGUAAGUUAACUGUCUAUAGGUGAAGUACUGAACCAACAGUAGCCAGUAUUAUGAGAUUCUGGUCAGGUGCAUUAGAUUUGUAAAGAUGUUUUUUUAAUGUCACAAUCAGAAGUUCACUGUGAAUGUUCUCUUAACAGUUAUUUAAACCACAGUGUCUUCUUAUGUACCAAAUCUCUGGGAAUAAAGAAUUAUUAAUUUUGGUCACCAAACUCUACUAGGAAGAACACUAAUAGCAGAGUUGUUUUGUGUGUAACUGGCAUACCACCCAGAGUGAUUUUCUUUUUUAAAAAAUCAUGGUUUUAUAGUAGCCAUAAGAACCCCAUGCCCUAAUUGGGUUACAAAUACGGUUGUGUGCAAUUGCUAAUUUUCUUUGUUGACAAACAAAGGGGGACUUUGAAUUGUAAAUUUUUAACACUAAGAUUAAUUAUUUGCUUGCUUUUAAUUUUAGGGUUUGAUAUAGCAGCUCCAAUUCAACAAGUCAUGCCUAGAAUGGUUGAUAUGUCUGGUUUCUCUUCAAAAUGAAAAUUCUUAUACUAGGACAACAUAGAAACCAUAUCAGUGAUUAUCCCAAAACAUGUAAAUACAAGAACAACUUCUAGUUGAAAACACAGAUGCCAUAUUUGGAGAAUCUACUCUAAAUUUUCAGCAGCUUUCCAUCAAACACUAAUUUCCACCAAUAUGACCCCUGACCCAGGUGGGAACUUCUUUCUUAGGUAUUUUUUGCUAAUACAUAGAUGUUUGCAUACAGCAAAAAAUCAUCAAAAUUUGACAAUCAAAUGCCGUGAUGUCUUCAUCUUUUUUUAAAAUGACUUGAGAUUCCUAAAUAAGUACCUGUAUUCAGAUUUUUAAAGAGAAUUGUGCGGCAUUGUUCAGGAAAAAGUGUUCUUAAUUUUUAAAAGCUAUUUUGGUAGAAUCUGUGAAAUUGCAAAAAUUCACCAAACUGUGUUGAUCCAUAUCUGAGAUAAGAUCUUGCAGAGAACCUCAGCAUCUUUGUUUCCAACUCGUACAGAAAAUGUAGAGGUGGGCAAGUUUUUUAAAUGCUUAAGCCAAGACCCACAAAUAAAGCCACAUAUGAAAAGAAAAAAAAGGCUGAGCUAGGAUGCUCUGCUUUCUGGCAGAUAUUGUGACCAUUGUUGCUUUUUGUAUUUGAAUCAUACAGCUUGUGUGGCUCUGGUCAGCUCUGGUGGUUUACCUUGUAUUUUUGACUUGUGAAGAAAAGCUAGGGCCAUAGCUCAAGCUUCCAGUUGUCCUUUGGUUUGCCUGUAUCUACUUAGUUGGCUGCCAUAUUAAUUGCCACAGGAUUUAACAGAUUAGCCAGUUUUGUGAUCAACGCAAAAGUCUAAACCCCGCAAUACCUUUUCAGUUUGUGUUAGAUGCUAAGAACUUAUAUCACAUGAUGCAUGACUACUCUUUGUACAGUUGCUACUAAAUAUAACUUAGCAUUUCAAAACAGAUUGUACCUCGUAAUUGUUGGAGUUCUUUGAACUAGCGUUCUCAUUCAUGGUGGUAUUCUGAAAAUGAGUCUGGAUUAAAAUCCGUAACGUUAUACCUUCUUUGAUAGCAAAAUCCAUGUGGAGUAGCUCUUGCAUAACUAAGGUGUAAUCAGAUGAUGUAGUAGUAAUAAAUAUUGUUCAUACUACAGUUCUACAGAAUAAAUUGCUGAUUGUAGUUUAACAAAGUGAGGUGACUGAUUGGUUGACCUUUUUCCAGUUUUCUCUUUUUAACCUUUUUAAUGCAUUUUUAUUAGGAAUAUUUGGUAUAAGAUACAGAAAGCUAUGUACAGGAUUAUGAGCAAAUGAUAAUAGUAUCCUUGUUGGAACACCAUUUACCUCAAGAUACUCAACCAGCAGUACGUUUUUUUAGUGCACACUCUGUCCAUAUAAGAUGUUACCUCUCAAGAUAUUGGUAAGCAAUUAUUUUAGCUUUACUCUGUACUUGUCAGUGUUCUCGGCACAGGUUGUUGUACUACUGUCAAAUUGCUCUUGCUAUUUUUUGGCAAGUAUUUAAAAAGAAAAUAACCCCCAUUCUGGAUAAAAGUGAUUGUGAAAUAUUGUAUAAAUAAAAUGUAUGCACUCUUUCCUUAUUCCCACAAAGAUGAAUAAAAAAUUGACUACUAAGAUUUGCAUACUUUCCCCCCAAUUCUUCAAAAUAAAA